GUUGUGUAGUUUAUUUUAAUGGUUUUAUAGUUGAUAAUAUGUCGGACAAACACCAACUAAUUGAUAUCGAAGAAGACAUUUCAAGCGAUGACGAUGAAGUUAAACCAAUAAAUAACACUUGGUUGGUUGACAAUGAAGAAGCGUCGACCAGCAGAAGUAAUGAUUUUAAUACGCCAACUGACGAAAAUGAAGACAAUGCAGUUGUGCCUCCCCUUUUAAGCAUUGAUAGUGAACCGACCGCGUCCAUCCAAGCUCCAACUACAUCGCAGAGUAGCAGCAGCAACAACGAUACGGGCGACCACAGUAACGAUUUGGAUUCUGAUCCCAUAUUCCAUUUGCGCUCGCGAACAGCAGCUGCGGGAACUUUACAGCGACCGCAAAUUCAAUAUGAGAGCCUGGACUAUGAUGUGUGUGAAAACAAGCUGUUCCACGCGGAGCAGCGCAAGCGUCUUAGGGAUCGCUUCUCCCUCCGCAUCCAUGUCAUACGCUGGAUAAUUUUUAUACUAAUUGGCAUUAUAACAGCGCUUAAUGCCUGCUUUGUAAAUAUAGUCAUUGAUCUACUAUCGGAACAGAAGUACAAGUUUCUUAAAGCGUCUGUGGAGCAGAAUGUGCCUGUAAAUGGUGGCGAUGGUGAUUUGGCGUUGCCCUACCUCUGGUGGUUACUGCUGAGCGUUGUCCCUGUGGCCGUUGGCGCUACCAUGGUUACCUACAUCGAACCAAUUACCGCCGGCAGCGGCAUACCGCAGGUGAAGUGCUAUCUGAAUGGUGUAAAGGUGCCCCGCAUUGUGCGCAUCAAGACGAUGGCAGUGAAGACCAUUGGAGUCAUCACAACCGUUGUGGGCGGCUUAGCCGGUGGCAAGGAGGGACCAAUGAUUCAUGCUGGCGCCGUUGUUGCCGCAGGCAUCUCGCAGGGCAAGAGCACCACGUUUGUCAAGGACUUUCGCAUCUUUAAGGCCUUUCGCGAUGAUCACGAGAAGCGUGACUUUGUUUUGGGUGGCGGUGCGGCGGGUGUUGCAGCCGCUUUCGGUGCACCCAUUGGCGGAAUGUUGUUCUCGCUGGAGGAGGCAGCCAGUUUUUGGAAUCAAAACCUCAUUUGGCGCACCCUAAUCGCCUCCAUUAUCAGUUCGUUUACACUUAACAUUGUGCUCUCCGCCUAUAAGGGACUGGAGAACUUCACCUUCACAGGUCUCUUCAAUCUUGGCAAGUUUAAGGAACCCCUCACCUUUGCUUACUUUGAGCUGCCCAUCUUCAUGCUGUUCGGAGUGGCUGGCGGACUUCUGGGCGCCACCUGGAACGCUUUGAAUACGCUGAUCAACAAAGUACGCCGACGCUUUGUGCCGUGGAAACUGGGCAAGGUGGCUGAGGCUGUGGUUAUUUCCAUCAUAGGCGUCACAUUGGCCACCAUAAUGAUCUACUUCAUCGAUGAUUGCCGUCCGCUGGACAAGGAACGAAUCUCAUAUCCUGUGCAGCUCUUUUGCGAAGAUAAUGAAUACAAUGCGGUGGCGGCACUCUGGUUCCAAACACCUGAGGCAACUGUGAGGGCGCUUUUCCACGAUGAAGAAGGUGCACACAAUAUCAGAACCGUGGGUUACUUUACGCUCGUCUACUAUUUUCUAGCAUGCGCCACCUUCGGCCUCAAUGUCUCCUUGGGCGUAUUUAUACCCACAGCGCUGGUGGGCGCUGCUUGGGGAAGGUUGGUGGCUAUGCAGUUCUUAGAUUGGUUCCCCGACGCACACUUUUUGAAUCCGGGCAAGUACGCGCUGAUUGGUGCCGCUGCCCAUUUGGGCGGCGUGCUGCGCAUGACGAUCAGCUUGUCGGUCAUUUUAAUGGAGACGACAGGCGCCGAGACGUCAUUCUUCUUUCCGCUGAUUAUAGCACUGAUUAGUGCCAAAUGGGUAGGCGACUACUUCAACGAGGGCAUCUACGACAUGGUCAUCGAGGAGAGUCAUGCGCCCAUUCUGCCCUGGGAGCCAGUACCACAAUAUAAGGGCCUCACUGCUUUGGAAAUCCUGAGCAAGCCAGUGGUCUGCAUCAAGCUGCGCGACAGCGCCCAUUACAUCUAUGAAGUGCUCCUGAGAUGCGACCACAAUGGAUUUCCCGUGGUCGACGAUGUAAAAGACAAUCGUCGCUGUGAGGGUCGCGUCUGUGGCAUCAUAUUGCGUUCCCAGCUUAUUGUCAUAUUGCUCAAAUCGCUUUACGUGGAAAACAAACGUUUCUGGCUGCCCGAAACAUCGAUACAAACUUUUCGAGAGGUUUAUCCGCGCUAUCCCUCUAUUAAGAGCGUGCGUCCAUUGGACAGAAAAGAAAAUUAUACGGUCGACCUGUCCAUGUUUAUGAAUCCAUCACCCGUUCGCGUAAAUAAUCACGAUUCGGUGCCAAAGAUCUUCAAUAUAUUUCGUGCCCUUGGCCUGCGGCACAUGCUAGUUAUCAGCAAUGAAAACCGGAUUGCUGGCAUUAUAACGCGUCGUGAUUUCAUAUAUAAGUGAUAUUUGGCUAUUGGCACACCAUAAUUAGGAUUGCUAUAUAGUUUUAUAGUUUUCGAAUAGCUGACACGUUGACACGAACGCCUUUUUUAAAGUCUAUAUAUAUUUAAAUAUAAGUAUGUGUAAAAUGAUGUAAUAAAGAUAUACUAUUUUUUAUGAGA